AUCUACACGCUGCCUCAACGCUCAGCCACCCGUUUUACACCUGUCAGUUUUGUAAUUGACUUUGGUCAACCGGUACCUUGCAGGCUUCCGAUUGGCUCCAUCAAUGGGCUUAAGAUGGAAUGGCAUUGGCUAAGCCAAUAUAUUAACACAAUGCCCCAUUGUAACCAAAUGAAAUGGAUCAUUAACAGAAAUAUUCGGCUACGUAACCGUUUGACAUGCUAUCUUGGGGAGAUUCAAUGUUCUGCGCUUCUGCAUCUCUAGUGUCUGUACAUAUGUAUGUGUAGAGGACUAUACUGCGUCACGUGAUUGGAAAAUGUGACAGACCUAAAUGCAUGCGUAAACACACUUGGACAUAUGUGGCCUUAGACAAUAUGCUACAGCUGAAGCAUACGAUAUAUAGCAUUGUCAUCUGUAGCAUUAGAUGUGCUUGAUCACCUAUCGCAGUUUCGCAAGGUAACCCUAACGUGCUCACUGCUUUAGUGGAGCUUUGGAAAUACUGAAGUGCUAGAAUCUUUGCAAGUAUAUUGCCUCUCGAUCCCUGGGACAUGAGCCUUCGCAUCCCCGUCAAUGGCAACAAUACAUAGCCGGCAAUGCGAUAACGGCGAGGUUGGAAUAGAGAUUUAUCAAUGCGCAUCUACGUUGGGACAUUAUAUAUUACUUUCCCAUAAGGGCUCCCAUCAAAUGAGACAAUUGGAAAAACAACCGCAUCCGUAUGUAAUCCCCUGAGCGACCCGUCUUGCUAGUCAGGAACAUUUGGUGUUGGCGAUCCUCUGUCUAUCAAACGAAAUUUUCAAGGGCUAGUAGGGGAGAAGGAACGAGAAAGGACCGGCCGGAUGGAGAGACGACGGCAGAAGGCAUCCUAGACCGCAGCCCGAAUCCCCACCACCAUAAUCUUCGCCGACCACGGGUGCUUGUAUACGGGAGAUCUGCAAUAAGUUGUAGGGUCGAAAAGGGGCACAAGUCAUUGCGCGAAUUGAGCCUCCACUCUGGUCAGGCACACAUUCGCCUACAAGGUAAUCUCCCCACUAUGUAUAUGUUGUCGCCCCCAUCUCAGCGUCCCUUU